CCAAAACCCGAAAUCCGAAACCUCAAACUCCAAACCCCAAACCUCAAACCCAACCCCAUUCCAUCCAGCGCAAUACGCUUGUCUGCUUCCGCCGCUUUACUCCCGAGACCCAACUACUCCCUUUCCUCCUUGCUUGCUUUUUAUUACCCCUUCCAACGCAAAGCAUCUUCCUCUUCCGCCCAUCGCCGCUGCGCUUGCAAUGCCGUCGCGUCUGCCCCUCCUCCUUCUCCUCCUCCUCUUAGUCGCCGCUUCCUCCUCCGAUCCCAUCUCCCUCCCUCUCCGCCGCACACCUCUACCGCCCCACCCCGACCCCCUCCACCGCCUCGCCGCCCUAGCCUCCGCCUCCUACUUCCGUGCUUCCCUCCUCAAGAACCCCCACCGCCGCUCCUCGCCGCCAUCCGCUACCUCUUCCCUGUUCCCACACUCUUACGGAGGCUACUCCUUUAACCUCGCCUUCGGCACGCCGCCGCAGGAGCUCCCCCUACUCCUCGACACCGGAAGUCACGUCACUUGGCUCCCUUGCACCUCCUCAUACCACUGCCGCCGCUGCGCAUCACCCUCCGGAAACACCAUCACUCCUUUUCUCCCUCGAUCCUCCUCCUCCGCUGUCCUCGUCGGAUGCCGAAACCCCCGCUGCCUCUGGAUCCACUCCGCUGACUUCCUCAGCUCCCGUUGCGCCGCCUGCAACAACAUUACCUCCGAUUGCCCUGUCUCUGCGUGCCCCCCUUACGCCCUAAUCUAUGGCUCCGGGUCCACCGCCGGCCUCCUCAUGCUGGAGACGCUGGGCUUCUCCGGCCGUACUUUCCCCAAUUUCACCGUCGGAUGUUCAGUUUUCUCGCAACGCCAGCCCGCCGGAGGCAUUGCUGGAUUCGGCCGCGGCGCCCCUUCCCUCCCAUCCCAGCUUGGCCUGAGGCGCUUCUCCUACUGCCUAAUCUCUCGCCGGUACGACGACGACGCCUCCGAGAGGGGCUCCGUCGUGCUCGACCCACCAAAACAGGACUCCUCCAGUGGCUUAAGCUUCACGCCCUUCCUCAACAAUUCGGCCGCUGGCGCGGACUCUCCCUUCUCCGUCUACUACUACGUUGGAUUGCUCGAGAUCGCCGUAGGAGGCAAGAAGGUCAAAGUCCCCCAUUCCUCCCUCCUCCCCGACCGCAUCGGCAACGGCGGCGUCAUCGUGGAUUCCGGCGCCACCUUCACAUACAUGGCCUCCAAGGUGUUCGAUCCAGUGCUCGCCGCAUUCGUCGACCGCGUGGCGGGGCGGUACAACCGAUCCGCCGGCCUGGAAGUCCAGACAGGCCUGCGUCCCUGCUUCGCCGUACCACCCAACGCGACCGACGUGGAGCUGCCAGAGCUGGCCUUCCGCUUCAAGGGCGGCGCCGAGAUGCGACUGCCGAUGGAGAAUUACUUCGUAUUCGCGGACGCCGCGGGGGUCUGCCUCACCGUCAUCUCCGACGGCGACGACGUCGCCACCGCGGACGUUGCCGGCGGCCCCGCGGUGAUACUGGGCAAUUUCCAGCAGCAGGACUAUCUGGUGGUGUACGACUUGGAGCGGCGGCGGAUGGGAUUCCGGCGGCAGUCUUGCCUAAUCAUCUAAUUUAUUACUAAUUAACCCUCAAAAGCUCAAUUAAUUAAUCGAACCAGGUUUAGUACUAUCCUAUGAUUUUCUUUACGGCAAAGUGUAAAGUGAUUAGCUUUAAUCACAAAGUCGAUAAAGAGACUCACGUCGCUUUUCGGAAAAUUCAAUAAAAAAAAAUCAAUUCACUUAAA